GUUUGGGAAAACUUAGCGCAACGGUGGGAAAUCACACGAAAUGCAAUCACCAUCAAAAUACUUAUAACAAAUGUAAUACGAGUAACUCGACUAAAAUGAUUCGGAAACAGGAAUCAAGACAUCCUCCAUCUGGAUUUGGACAACAAUCAUUACC